AUGGAUUACAAGAGUGAACAACUAGCCGAAAAGGAAAGCUUAUCUCUGUUAUAUGAGCAUACAAAUGAGUUUAUAUGUUUAAAUAAUAAUAGUUUUAAGAUUUUAAUUGAAAAUAAAAUUAAAAAAAUUUCCUUUUAUAUAUUAUUUGAAUAUACAGAGAAAUAUCCUGAUGAAUCUCCUAUUUAUAAAAUUGUCGAAAGUAAAAAUUUAUCAAGUUCCUUAAAAAAAAAUGUGGAAAAUCAGAUUAAAGAGACUAUAGAAAAUAAUUUAGGAUACAGUAUGAUUUAUAGUAUAGUGGAAAACAUAAGGACAUAUAUUUUAGAAGAUAUAGAAGAAAAAUCAAUGUAUGAUGAAAUGAUUGAAAGACAACCAAAAUCAUUUGAGGAAGUUAUUAAUGAAAAUGCAGAUGAUAAUAAAAAAGAUGAUAUUAAUUAUGAAAAUGUUCUGGAAAUGAAAGAAUUGUGUGAAGAAAAGUAUCGUGUAACCGAAGAAGAAUUUAAUGCAUGGAGGAAAGAAUUCUAUAAAGAUAUUUUUGAUGUUAUGAAUAAUAAUGGUAAUUUAGAUAAUCCAACAGGAAGAGAACUAUUUGAAAAAGGAAAAUUCAAUUUAUUAGAUACUGAAUAUGAUGAAGGUGAAGCUAAAUGGAGUAAUGAAGAUUUAUUUUGUGAUAUUGAUUUAGAUGUUUAG